AAACUCACGCCAGUUCAAGUUGUACUAGCAAUUGGUCUAGACGUGCCAGAGUUACCCUGUUCACAACCAUGGCCCUAGUGUCCGUUCGUGAUUACGAGAAGCGUGCCCACGAAAUCAUACCCCGGAAUGCGCUCGACUACUACCGCAGCGGUGCCGGGGACGAACUAUCCCUCCACCUUAACCGAACCGGCUUCGAUCGGCUCCGGAUCCGACCGCGGAUGCUGCAGGGUGGCUCCACCCGGGACCUUUCUUGUACCGUGUUUGGGCAGCGCUUCUCGAUGCCGAUCGCCAUCUCACCCACCGCCAUGCAACGGAUGGCCCAUCCCGACGGUGAGGUAGCGAACGCGAAAGCUGCCGCCACCCGGCAAGUUCUCUUCACGCUCAGCACCAUCAGCACGAGCUCGAUCGAGCAGGUGGCGGAAGCGACACCGAACGCACCGAAGUGGUUCCAGCUGUACAUCUACCGCGACCGGCAGCUGACCGAGGAGCUGGUACGGCGGGCCGAACGGGCCGGCUUUCGGGCGAUCGUGCUGACCGUCGAUGCGCCACUGUUCGGUUUGCGGCGGGCGGAUAUGCGCAACAAGUUUUCCCUACCACCGCACCUGAGCAUGGCAAACUUCGUCGGUAAGGCCGCGAGCAUCCGCAGCCAGGGCGGUUCGGGCAUCAACGAGUACAUCGCGGAACAGCUCGAUCCAACACUGUCCUGGGACGACGUCAAGUGGCUGCUCGGCUUCACCAAGCUGCCCGUCAUCGUGAAGGGUAUCCUGACGCGCGAAGAUGCCAUCAUUGCGGCCGAUCUCGGCGUACAAGGCAUCUUCGUGUCGAACCAUGGUGCGCGGCAGUUGGAUUCAGUGCCAGCAUCGAUUGAAGCACUGCCGGAAAUUGUCGCUGCCGUUGGUGGACGGGUAGAAAUCUUCUUAGAUGGUGGCAUCACACAAGGUACGGACGUGUUCAAGGCGCUGGCACUCGGUGCGCGGAUGGUGUUUUUCGGCCGCCCUGCCCUCUGGGGAUUGGCCGUCAAUGGGCAGGCAGGUGUUGAGCACGUGCUGAACAUUUUGCGCAACGAGCUGGACCUGACGAUGGCACUGGCCGGUUGCAAAACGCUCGCGGAUAUCACGAAGGAGUAUGUGGUGCACGAGAAUCAUUAUAGUAAGCUUUAACGCAUGCAUGGAAUCACCGCCUUGGUGUAGACAGUAUUUUACCAAAACUGGAACUCAACGAACGGAAUUUCAUAGCGAGAGAUGACAACUUCGUUCAACAGACCUUCUUACACCAUAGAGAGAUUUUGAGAAUCUAAUUGUCUGUUCCCUUCGUAUUGAAAUGUCAUGCAAACCUGCAAUACAAAGAUGUAGAAAGUUUAACUGUUACAGCCCAAUGAUGUCCAUUUUAGAGAGAGUCCAAUGAUGGUCAUAAUAAUCUGUCGAGUUUUAAAAACUGUAGAAUACAACAAUGAACAUUGAAUAGAAAUUUAUCAGAACCUAUCAUUCGUCAAGUAUUGAGAAACAUCUGUCGCUGGCGCCAUUAGACUUUAGGACACUUUUUCAGGUAUUUUGUCAAAUCGUCAGAGUAAAUCUACCCAGCAAACUACAAGCUAGAAUACUUCUAAUGGUUCUCAAACAAAAACACAUAAAUAAUCAAUCAAAGGCUAAUCAUAAACAAAAGCUAAAGAAAAACUAAUCCUUGUUCUUUUUUUUGUUUAUUUUACUAUUUUUAUUUUUAGUUUUUCGUUUGGGAGUGUGUGUGUAUGUAAUUUUUUUGUUUCCUUCUUUACGUUUCGUUUUGGUAAUAAUUUGAGUAGUUCUGAAAAGUUCGGCGUAGUUCUGCAUUAUAGUUUGCAUUAUAGUUGUUUGUAGUGUCUUUUUUGCAAAUUGUGCUGUAUUGUGUUUGUUUUUACUUCUUGUUGUUUGUUGUCGUGUGGUAGUAGUAGUUGAUUUUGGCUGCUUGUUUGUUUGUUUGUUUGUUGUUCUUCUGAUCUUGUUUCAUUAGUUAGCUUAUUACUUAAGUUGCUAGUGUAUUAUUUAAAUUUAAAGAGUAUAUGCUUAUUAGUGAACUCCGUCAUUCUCCGUACCUUUUCCUCCAUAUCUUUGCUCUCUGUGUUCAGCUUUUUUCUGGCUCUUUUUUGCAAAGGGGAAUUGAUUUUUCGCAUUCCCUUCUUUUCAUCUUUUCACAAUUUUUCGUUCGUUUUCUGUUUGCGUUUUCUAGUACUACUUCUUUCCACGUGCCCUACACAUACACGCCUAUUUCCUGUGUUUGACGAAUAUCAAGCAAGCAAUUAUUAGCAAUCCACUACAUUUAAUGGGUAAUGUUACUGAAAUUAUGUGUGUUUUUUGUUGUUGUUUCCUUAAUGAACGGUGAUUGUUCGUAUAUUUGUUUCAUUUAGUUUUGUUCGUGUCGGUUCACCGUUCCAUUC